AUGCCCUCCGCAUCUAAACCCGACUUGCCUCCGCGGAGAAAAGACUACUGUUCUCUAUGCAAAGAUACCUCUGCCAAGCUCAUGACCUGUAAAGACUGCAAAUCCAUCAAAUACUGUAGCGUCACAUGUCAGAGAUUGGAUUGGAAGAGCCAUAAGCCGCGGUGUGCGCAAACCGUUCAACUUCACGCCGAGUGGCCGAGCCGCACGAGGGUUACGAUGGAUCUCGUCCGACGGGCCCGGCUAUGCUCGGUCGAAUGGUGGCUACAGAUACUCGCCGUUGCUCAACUCGAUCUUAUGGACCAUCCGGAGCGAGCCUCAACACAUGCACUUUUGCUUCGCUGGGAAAUAGCUCCAGUCAUGUCACCUCGCGAAUACUCCAAGCACAUCUCGCCCCGCCCUCGCUUCAACACAUCAGGCCAACGCCGUCACAUGCUCUCGCUCACCCAUUACACUAUGCACGAUCUCGAUAUGAUGCAACAACUUGAGCAUGUCGGAAUAGCAGGGGCAACGGACUGGAAGAACUUCUGCGGACGGCGGCCACACGAGGCGGACAUCUCUGCUGAACUCGACGAAGGAGAGCCUGAUCCUAUGCAGGUCGUUUGUGUCAAUAUGGUUGACCCGACAUUCGUUGGAGACGGCUCGCCGGACGCUGUUUCUGUACGAUCCUUCACCAUACGCGUUGAGAUGCUCCGGGAGGCGAUGGAGAUUCAGCAGCAGAUGCUGCCUCAGAAGGGUUUGCCCGGAGAGAACUUGCAGACAUUCUGCCUGAGACACAUUAACGAGCUCAUCAUCCAUGAUGUUGAGAACAAGUGGAAGUUGCGUACCGCCCGACCGGCUGAAGAGACACCAUGA